UUUUUAAUUAAGUCCUGUUUUGUUUUGAAAAGCUUCAUUUUAAAUGUUUGAAACAAUAAAUGUUUUGUUAACAAUGUAAACAAAGUUGAUAUAUGUAUUAUAUAGGUAUUCACAUGUUGAAUUUGUUUCUUGGUUCGCACACAACUGAUAGGAAGUGAUACAAAGAAAUGUCAACGUGUAAUGUAAUUUACAUUUUUUAUCUAUACCGCUGCUCUUUCUUAUAAAAAUGCAAAGAAAGAUAAGAUGAUUCGGUAGGAUCUAUUAUUAAUAAUUUGUGUGUACAAAAACUAUAGUUAUGAAUAAACCACAGCAACGAAACAAUCAAGCUUUAAAAUAUAUUAGUUUAAUUACCCUUACUCUACAAAAUGCCAUAGUUGGACUUAGUAUGCGAUAUGCACGUACAAGGUCAGGAGACAUGUUUCUUUCAUCAACUGCUGUUGUUAUGGCAGAGGUUGUUAAGCUUAUAACAUGUUUAAUAUUGGUUCUUCUAGAAGAAGGAAACUUGCAAAAAUUUUUUUAUUCUUUAGAAUCAUCAAUCAUUAAACAACCUAUUGAUACUUUAAAAGUAUGCGUGCCAUCGCUUCUGUAUAUUAUACAAAACAACCUUUUAUAUGUAUCAGCAUCUAAUUUAGAUGCAGCAACUUAUCAGGUGACAUACCAACUAAAAAUUUUAACAACAGCUUUUUUUGCUGUAGUGAUACUGAAAAGGUCGUUAAGAAAUACUCAGUGGGGAGCUUUAGUAUUAUUAAUAAUAGGAGUGGUGCUGGUACAACUAGCCCAAAGCUCAGGAACUACUUUACCGUCCGGUAUAGAACAAAAUCAUUUAAUUGGAUUUUCAGCUGCUUUAAGUGCGUGCUUUUUAUCGGGUUUUGCAGGGAUAUACUUUGAAAAAAUAUUAAAAGACUCAAAUAAAUCUGUAUGGAUGAGAAAUGUACAGUUAAGUCUUCUGUCAUUACCUUUUGGAUUAAUGACAUGUUUCAUAAAUGAUGGUGCAACACUGAAGAAACAAGGUUUUUUCUUUGGUUACGAUUUGUUUGUUUAUUAUUUAGUUGUACUUCAAGCAGGUGGAGGUCUUAUCGUUGCCAUGGUAGUUAAAUAUGCUGAUAAUAUACUUAAAGGUUUUGCUACAUCUUUAGCUAUUAUAAUUUCUUGUAUAGCAUCUAUAUAUCUUUUUGAUUUCAAGUUAACUUUACAGUUUUCUUUAGGUGCCGUUUUAGUAAUAUGUUCGAUUUUUAUGUACGGAUAUCAGCCAAAAUCACCGUUUACAGAUACACAUUCUCCUACCAAUAAGGUUUGAUGUAAACUAACAGAGAUUUAUCUUUAAGAUAGACGUGAUACUACUGUAUACAGACAAUUUUUUAACAUACUUAUUUGACAAUAAUUUAAUAUAAUUUCCAUGUAAAAUAGUUACUACCCGGUAUGUACAUCAUAUCACUUGCUUUAUCAGUAUUUCGUUAUAUUGCCUGCACAAAAAUUUGAGUCUGUUUCAUAACAUACAUAAUAGCAGCGUAAUACUGUGAUGGCUCAUGUUUCGAAAUCUCAAACAAUAAUCUAUUAAUAGAUCAUCUAUUAUUAUCAUGAAUGUAUUAUACAUACAUCUGAGUAAAUAUAUAUGUGAUUAAUAUGAAA